AUGGACCAGUCCAAGACUAGAGCAGCUGGCGAAACCGAGCCAUAUAUCGUCACUGCGACCGCUCUAUGCAGUACGUCCGCUAUCGGCAAGGAAACCACUUGCAGCGGCGACGAGGCGUACCAUCUGUUUGGCACUGCGGCCACAGAUAUCCCGGACUGGCAUUCUCGCUUGGUCCCGGAGCUCUCGCGCUAUCUCAGGCGAGCACGCGGCGACAACCCCGCACGGCGCGUCGAAGAGCUGCAACGCAAGAUUGACGUUUGCGGCAACACGGUCAUGUUGACGGUUUGGUUCUAUGGCAGCUCUUUUCAAUGCGUGUGUCUAGACGUGGUGCAUAUACUCGCAUCGGACAAUGCGGCAAUGGUCUCCGUCUUCGCAGUACCUGCUGAGGUAUAG